CACUCUCUCUGCUUUGCGAUCGUCGUUUUGUAUGAAGUAUGGGGGCACUCAGAGUGCUGGGCGGAAAGCUGAUCAACCUCAGAACUCAACUCCAUCAUUCACCUCAGAACAUUUCGAUUCCGGCCGCCCUGCUCUGCCGUACAUUUCCGACCUCCAACUCUUCCAAGGGCCUUAGAUCGUUCUCACAUCCAUGGCGGUACACUCAUUGCAGAACUCUCAUUUUGGAGUCAUUGUUUUCUGAGUCUGUCCGUCUUCACCGACUUUCAGACUCCGAUUCUGGCAUUGUUGAGGUACAUUUAGCCAGGCCUGAGGUGAAAAAUGCCAUUGACAAGGAUAUGCUGAGGGGACUGCGUCAUGCCUUUGAAUCUGUUGAUAGCGAUCCAUCUGCCAAUGUUAUGAUGAUCUGCAGCUCUGUCCCAAAGGUGUUUUGUGCAGGUGCCGAUUUGAAGGAACGUAAGGAGAUGACUGCAUCAGAAGUUCAUUCCUAUGUCACCUCACUGCGGUCUGCAUUCACAUUUUUGGAGGGACUGUGUAUUCCUACUAUUUCAGUUAUUGAAGGAGCAGCGUUCGGUGGUGGACUUGAAAUGGCUCUUGCAUGUGAUCUUCGGAUAUGUGGGGAAGAUGCCAAGCUCAGUUUGCCAGAAACCGGACUGGCUAUAAUUCCUGGGGCAGGUGGGACUGCAAGGCUUCCCAGGCUUGUUGGGAAAUCAAUAGCAAAGGAACUUAUAUUCACUGGUCGUAAGGUCAGUGGCAGAGAUGCUCUAUCUAUAGGUCUUGUCAAUUACUGCGUCCCUGCUGGUGAAGCUUAUGCAAAGGCACUGGAAAUUGCCCAAGAGAUAAAUCAGAAGGGUCCACUAGCAGUCAAGAUGGCGAAGAAGGCGAUCGACGAGGGGCACGAGGGAGACCUGGAAUCAGCCAUGGAAGUAGAAGAUGAAUGUUACAAAGAACUCUUAGACACGAAAGAUCGCUUGGAAGGAUUGACAGCAUUUGCCGAGAAGCGCAAGCCGAGAUAUCGAGGAGAAUAGAUAGCUUAGGUACCUGAAAUGAGAGAAAGCUUCAGAAGGUGUACCAGUUCAGGUUGUUUAUGUAUUAGUAAUGCUAUAAUAAGCAGCGUUGCAUAGCCUAGUGCUGCACUCAGUGAUAUCUAUGUCCUGAAAUUUAGAAGUGUUCUCUCUGGUGGGGGCUGGUUUGGAGUGCAAGUUGAAACCGACAAAACCGAUGAACCCGAGUAUAAAAUGGGUUUGGUUCGACUUUGAUUCA